GUUCCCACAGCGAGCCACAAGCAGCAAGAGCCCCGCUGCAGGCCACGGUGUCUCCCAGCGCCCAGGGACUUGGUGCUGCACCCGUCCUUCUCCGCCAGGGCCCAACACCAGGGCAUCGCCGGCGUACCCAGCCUCCGCGCUCUCCUCUGUGCAGGCUCUGUGCAGGCUCCGUCGACAUGGAGCUCGGCGAAGAGGAAAGAGGGUCGUCCGGGUCCGGCUUCUUGCCCUCCGCAUCCUCGCUGCUGGCUUGUGCGCUUCGGCUCGUCCUAUAAUACCCCGCCCGGCUACCCGAGAUCGGACGGCUCAGCAAGCAAGCAAGCGAGCGAGCAAGCCCAUCUCAGUUCUCCAGACAUAUCUCAGGACCCAUGUCCAUGCCCCGACCAAGGCUCCUCGCGAAGGCUGCCGUCCUCUGGCUCUCUCUGGCUCUCGGCGCUCAUGCCUUUGUGGUCCGCGAUCAGCAUCGCCAGGGCUCUGCCCGCCAACAAACCGAUGAGGACCGCCGCUCUGGACACGAUUUUCAGCCGGGUUGCUACAACGCCUCGGCCUCCGAGUUGCUCGGCGUUGGCCCCUCGUUUGUGGGUCUUGCGAAUCUCACACACACUGUGUGCGCCGAUCUCUGUUCGGGCUACGAGUACUUUGGCCUCGAAUCCGGAUCCAGUUGCUUGUGCGGCCACAUCUCCGAGCACGGCCCAGCAUGCCGAGUCGCCGAGAGUCAGUGCAACACACCAUGCACCGGCAACAGCCAGGAACUCUGCGGUGGCCAGAGCAGCAUCUGGAUUUCCAAGGGCGAUCGGCGGGGCGAGCAUCAUGAACCCUGUGAUUCGACACAUCGUCCAGGCAUCGCUCCCACGGCCACGACCACUGAUCCUCAGCAGAGCCUCAGCCAAGCAAAUCCUGCACCAACGACCUCAUCGCCCAUUCCUGCAUCGUCGCCGCUGCGGACUCGAACCAGGACCAGGACCAGGGCCCGGAGAUCGAGAAAGCCCACCUCAAGUCUCCAGCCUCCACCAACCCAGACCACACUGGCGCUGACAACAACGCAAGGUGCAAGCCCAACCACCUCCACCAGUUCAUCCAGUUCAUCCAGUUCUUCCAGUUCUUCCAGCUCUUCCAGUUCUUCCAGUUCUUCCAGUUCACCCUCUCCCGCUCCGGCACCAGUGUCCCCAUCCGGUCGUCCUGCAGGCUUUGUUGAUUUGGCUUCAAGAUAUGGUCGCCUUAACAUUGGAUACUGGGGCUCGAACGCGGCAUUUGGCGAAAAACCCCUCAGAGCCACUUGCGACGAGAACAACUACGACGUUAUCAUUAUAGCUUUCCUGGAUGUCUUUGGACAUGGACAGAUCCCUGAAGUCCAUAUCGACCACCCCCUCAACGACACCGGCGCUGACAUCAAGUACUGCCAGUCCAAGAACAUUGCCAUCCUGCUCUCGGCCGGCGGUGCCAAUGCCGGGGCGUCCAGCCUUGCUUCAGCCGCCGAUGCCACCGAUUUCGCCGACAAGCUCUGGAACCUGUACUAUGGAGGAAGCAUCAGCAACCCCAGCAGGCCCUUUGGCGACGCCGUCCUCAACGGAUUCGAUUUGGAUGUCGAGAAUCUGCUUCCAAACUACUAUGACACAUUCAUUACUUCCUUUCGAGCAGCCGGAGCGGCCAAGGGCAGGUACUAUGUGACCGCAGCGCCACAGUGCUUCUAUCCCGACGGCUCUGUCGGCCCCACGCUGUCCAGCGUCGGGAGCGAGUUUGACUGGAUCUCAGUGCAGUUCUACAACAAUUGGUGCAGCCCCGACAACUACCACGCCGGCGAUAUCACCAACAUUGGCGCACGCUUCAACUACGACCAAUGGGACCAAUUUGCCGCAGCCCAGGGCUUCAAGGUCGCUCUGGGCCUGGCUGCCUCGACUGUCGCCGGCACGGGGUACAUUCCCCCGGCGAGCGUUGCCUCCAUCGUCAAAGAGAUACGAUCAACACGCGGGGCGUCAUCCCGCUUCGCCGGCAUCAUGUUCUGGUCGACGGCCCACGCCGACAACAACAGCAACUUUGGUGCUGCCACCAAGGCCAUCUUACAGGCGUAACAGCAUCAGAGUCCACUCGUCCGGCGUCGUCCGCAAGCCCGCGCCGCUUUGUCCACCCACAUGCGCUUGCACAGCUGAUGUACAUCGCACCUCCCCUGAAUAUAUUGAACCAGAGCACGGCGACGACCAUGGCUGGCGUUUGCCGACAC